CUUCAUAGCAAAGGUAUAGCUCACCGCGACAUGAAACCCGAAAAUAUACUGCUCGUCGACAAAGAGAAGUUACACAUUAAGAUAACAGACUUUGGCCUGGCUAAGAUUCAAAAGGGGGCAACGGCCUUUGUCAGUCAAUGUGGAACUCCAAACUACGGUAAGUCAAAUAAAACAUAA